UGAAACAGAAUCGAGACCGUCUUCUUUCCCAUCGUCUUUCUAGCCCUUUUAUCCCUCGGUUGAGAUCCUCCGCCUUCGUCGCCGAUCGCUCCAAGUCUUCCACCACUCACCAGCCAUAAGCCGCCGCCAUCUUCUUCCCUUGCGACAGCAGUAUCCGCUAGAUGAAAAGAAUCUGACAUCCCCUUCUACGACCACGACUUAGUUUGGUUUUUCUCGAUUGAUUGGAGAACCGACCACGCAUCAGGAAUCGAUGACGGGUGGUGGUCCGAUGAUGAUGCUGGAGAGGGAUGAUAAGGUGUCGAUGGAGCUGACGGAUGAGGUCUUCAAGAGCAUGGAAGUCGGCAUGGCAUUUCGAGAUUACAAUGGUAGAAUCAGUUCAAUGGAUUUUCAUAGGACAGCAAGUUAUCUGGUAACAGCAAGUGAUGAUGAAUCAAUUCGCCUUUAUGAUGUUCAAAAUGCUCUGUGUUUGAAGACCAUCAACAGCAAGAAAUAUGGGGUUGAUCUGGUUAGCUUUACUGAUCAUCCGGCAACUGUUAUAUACUCCUCGAAAAAUGGUUGGGAUGAGUCUUUGAGGCUUCUUUCUUUAAAUGAUAACAAAUACUUGCGGUACUUCAAAGGUCACCACGAUCGGGUUGUUUCUUUAUCAUUGUGCCCUCGUAAGGAAUACUUCAUCUCUGGUUCUCUUGAUUGGACUUGUUUACUAUGGGAUCAAAGGGCAGAGAAAGCUCAGGGCCUUUUACGUGUUCAAGGCCGGCCAGCAGUUUCCUAUGAUGACCAAGGCUUGGUUUUUGCAAUUGCAUUUGGAGGUCGUAUUCGAUUGUUUGAUGCUCGGAAGUACGAGAAGGGGCCAUUUGAUAUCUUUCCUGUUGGGGGCUUCGAUUCAGAGACCCAUGUUGUAAAAUUCAGCAAUGAUGGGAGGCUUAUGCUAUUGACUUCUAAAGAUGGGCAUGUCCAUGUGCUUGAUUCCUUCCGAGGCAACGUUAUUUCCACUUAUAAUGUAAAGCCAGUUAUAAGCAAGGGAACAUUAGAGGCUUCUUUCAGUCCUGAUGGAAUGUAUGUUGUAUCAGGUUCCGGUGAUGGCAGUGUCUAUGCUUGGAAUAUCAGAAGUGGCAAGGUUGCUUGUUGGGCUAGUACUGAUACUGAGCCACCACUCAUAAAAUGGGCUCCAGGAAGUCUUAUGUUCACAACUGGAUCAUCUGAGCUAUCUUUUUGGGUACCUGACCUAUCUAAGUUAGGAUCAUUUUCUGGUGUGAAAUAAUAAUGUCCAUCAUAUUCCAGUAACCCUAUUUUCCAAGCUCUUCUUCCUUCACUAUGUGCAGUUUGGAAUACCAUUGUUUUCUGGUAUCCUUGAAUGAAAUGCUACACCUGCUGACCGAGGAAUCACCUUCUUACUAUUGAUGAGGGAUAGUUAUCUGCCCGUCUCAUUCUUCCUUCAUGAAGCCAUGUGAAAAAUGAACGUAGUAGGACAACUAAAUCCAUGGGAAAAGCUUUAUUUUUUCAAAAUGCUAAUUGUAUGUUUGACCAAGUUCUUGCAAGUCACACAGUUCCACAUCUUUCAUGCAUUGAGCUAGGAUGAUCCCUGAGUUGUUGCUUCUGGAUUAUGUAUGGUUGUUAACCAGUUUCUAUGAAAAGAGUAUCUAAGUUUGAAUGACCA